AAAAAAAAUCCACCCGAUCCCACCUCGCAGCGCCGUGGCCUUCUUGUCUUCUUCCCUUCCCUUCCCUUCCCUUCCCCACCCCACCCACGAGCUCCUCAGAUCAGAUCGGAACCCGCGCCCCACGCUGAGGAAGGAAAUCUCGAGCGCUCGCGGCCAACCUGCUCUUGCCGCCGAGGAGGAGGAGGAGGAGUCGGCACGAGAGCGCUUCAGGAGGGUUCCGGAUCGCAGCAGAAGGAAGAAGAGGAAGAUGUCGUCGGUGUUCAGCGGCGAUGAGACCGCGCCCUUCUUCGGCUUCCUCGGCGCCGCCGCCGCGCUCGUAUUCUCAUGCAUGGGGGCGGCGUACGGGACGGCCAAGAGCGGCGUCGGCGUGGCGUCCAUGGGUGUCAUGCGCCCCGAGCUCGUCAUGAAGUCCAUCGUGCCCGUUGUCAUGGCUGGUGUGCUCGGUAUCUAUGGCCUCAUCAUCGCUGUCAUCAUCAGCACUGGGAUCAACCCCAAAGCCAAGCCUUACUUCCUCUUCGACGGCUACGCGCACCUUUCGUCCGGCCUUGCCUGUGGUCUCGCUGGGCUUGCUGCUGGCAUGGCCAUCGGAAUUGUCGGUGAUGCUGGUGUCAGGGCGAAUGCACAGCAGCCAAAACUGUUUGUGGGCAUGAUCCUCAUCCUCAUCUUUGCGGAAGCGCUUGCCCUGUACGGUCUCAUCGUUGGCAUCAUCCUGUCAUCCCGUGCCGGCCAAUCCCGUGCAGAUUAGGCACGUUUCCAAUUUCAAUACCAUGCCGACGAUCACGUGGCCCUUGCUGGGUCUUGUUUUAUAUUGUGCGACAUGAAGCUGGAGCUCUUUAGAGGUUAUUGUUCUGUAGUCUUUGUUUUUCUUCUGUUGGAUCGAGAAAAAACAAGUGUAGCAAAGGGAGGAAUUUCCCUUUUUGUGCCAUUCUUUUUUCCGUCGUGGUGGUGGGUUGUGGUUGAUGCUUAUUUAUGCACUUUUUUUUUGGGUCUGGCUGGACGGCGGUGUAAUCUGGUGAAUAAGCAAGGACAUGCAAUGCAUUGGGUGUUCAUGACACUUUUGCUCA